GCUCUGCUGCCUAUUCCUUUCGAGACCUUCACCAUUCUACACUACAAGAACUUUCAAAAUGGCGCCGGAGGCAUUGACAUUGGAAGAGGGUCGAAGUCAGCGAGGUCAAUAUCGCAUCUUCGCUCUCCUCUCAGUUCUGUAUGCUGCCCUGUUCAUCUCGGCUGUCAACACGACCAUCAUAACGACAGCUCUCCCAAUAAUCGCAAAACAUUUCCAUUCUACGACAGGUUAUACUUGGGUUGGCGCUGCAUAUGUCCUGGCCGACACAGCAUCUGGUCCAGUAUGGACCAAUUUUUCGGAUAUCUGGGGACGAAAGAUUAUCUUCCUCGUGGCCGUCGCCCUUUUCAUGGUUAGCUCUCUGAUAUGCGGACUCUCGACAAGCAUGGCCAUGCUCAUUGGAGGACGUGCGCUUCAAGGUGCUGCAGCUGGUGGCAUAAUGUUGUUGGUCACUGUUGUUAUAAGCGACAUGUUCGACAUGAGGCGACGAACUCUCUACCUGGGCAUUUGUGAUGUUAUAUGGGCCAUCUCAGGAGCUGUUGGUCCCAUUAUCGGAGGAGCUUUCGCCGAGUAUACCUCGUGGAGGUGGAUAUGGUAUACAAACCUUCCCAUCACUGCUGUCACAUUCCUCGUCGUGUGUCUUUUCAUGGAUGUGCACAACCCCAACACUCCAAUAUGGCGUGGUCUAAAGGCCGUCGAUUGGCUAGGGAGCAUGGCACUGCUGGCGGUCACGCUGAUGACUCUCCUCGGCCUCAACUUUGGCGGUGAAUCGACGGACUGGACAUCUCCUAAAGUUCUUGUCCUGAUCGUCGUCGGUGUGGCUCUUUCCACCGUUUUCUUCCUCGUUGAGGCCAAGUACGCCAAGUAUCCCAUCAUGCCACUCCACGUCUUCAAAAACCGCUCCAAUGCUGCAACAAUUGCGGUCGGGGCUCUUCAUGCAUUUGCAAUGAUGGGUCCAGAAUAUUAUCUUUCCCUUUAUUUUCAAUCAGCCAAGCUAGCGCAGCCUCUGCGAUCUGGUCUUCUAGGCCUUCCAUUCGUGUUCUUGGAAGGUAUAGGUGGCAUUGUCAGUGGGCUGAUGAUUCAUCGCACGGGUCGAUACAAUGCGCUGCUUUGGGUGGGCGCAGCUUCAAUGACAUUGGGCUUUGGGCUGUUGAUCGACCUCAAAUCCUCGACUGAUCUUGUCAAGAUAAUCAUUUACCAGUCAAUCGGUGCACUGGGAUCCGGAAUACUCAUUCAGCCACCGAUGAUUGCCAUUCAAGCGAACGUGUCACAACAGGAGACUGCCGCAGCCACGACCACGCUAACAUUCAUGCGUGGACUGGCCCAGGCAGUGUCUAUCGUUAUUGGCGGUGUCGUUUUCCAGAGUUCUAUGGAUGCUAAACAAGCAGAGCUUCUGAAAGAAGGGGUUCCUCGUGACGUGGCAGGGAUCUUCUCGGGGCAGGAUGCGCAGGUCAAUGUUGAUCAGCUUCGGACGAUGCAUAAUCUCGCCCAGCAGCAUCUGGUGCAAGAAGCAUACGCGGGGAGCUUGAGAAAUGCCUGGAUUCUAUAUGCAGCAGUCGCAGGACUUACAAUUGUUGCCUCUUACUUUGUGGGAACGCAUGCCCUUUCCACCGAACACGUCGAAACGAGGACAGGUCUUGAGGAGCGGGACAGCAAAAAGUAG